AUGGCUUCGAAAGUAAUCGCUUCAAAUGCCCAGAAGUCGCUAUUUCGCAACUGGGCGCAGGACAGCAUCUUCAUACUCGAUAUCCACGAUUCUACCAAGCGCCAAUUCUGUCUUCUAGCCAAGAUGAUGGGUUGGGUCGGCGGAGAAGAGACGUGGAAUGACCACUGGCAUGAGUGCUUCGGCGAGGUCUACAUCUGGCGCGCUUUCGGUUCUCUGUCAACUUCCUCCGACCCAGCUACCAAUGUUGUUCCCGAGGAUGCUGCUGGUACUUCGGUGUCAAAUGCUACGUCCACUCCAAGGGACAGUGGCGGCGUUCGUGCGAGCGACAUCUGGUAUCAGUUCAACGGUUUCAUCCCCAAUUCUUCAACGAGCUUCAACAAUGAGUUCUCGAGAUUGUGCAGACACAUGCGCUGGAGUCGUGAAGAGCGUCGCAGGGCCAGGGUUGAGAUCUUCGAUGCCGAUUGGGAAGCCCACAUAGGCAGCGAUCUGGGUGAUCUAGCUCGUUGGCAGGACUUCUGUCGCAUUUGCGGCAUUAAUCCAAUCCCAGAUAGUAUCCCUGGCUGCAUGGAGGCUUUAGAGAACGUCUUGGUUAACAUCUAUGAUCUCCUCGACUCUCAACGCAAUGGCGCGGUCGUCACGCCCUUUGAAAGCUUCGUGGAGUUUCGAGACUACACUUACGACGAUCGUAUGUAUCCCAUCGAGGAAGCGAAGGUGGACACGUUCUUGCCGGUCUUCCUGAAGAAGCUUUUCCCUCAGCAAAGUGGAUAG